AUUUAUUUUCUUCUAUUGCAGUUUGACUGCUGUGUGCAGCAAUGCUUCAUCUACUCCCGUGGUUACUGACCGGCUUCGUCACGAGAUACUUUUUUUCGCGCGUAAAAUUACUCUCGGGAUUUGUCGAUAGUUCACUUAUUUCAACGCCGAGUAACUCAUGGCAUCGGAUGAAAGAAGGGCAUUUCUUAUGGUCGCGCGGAAUCGAUCCGUACGAUGGAGACGUUUUUCACGGCACGCCACUGACGCUCUACCUCAGCUCGUUGCUGUUCCGAUACUCAGGACACAAUGAAGCCAUCAUCUCAGCAGUUUUAUGCCUCCUUGAUGUGACUGUCGGAGCAAUCCUCUAUUUCGCUGUGUGGCGAUUGAUGGAAAGCAUGGUUGAGAAAGAGCGUGUGAACAAAUCUCUGUUCAAUGGAGAUUCUGCAAAAUCAAUGAUGCUGAAGACUGAUGAUAUUUCGAGAGCUGCUGGAAAUGUGUUGAAGGCGUACACAUUUUGUCCGUUUACUGUGCUGAACGCAUCAGAGACGACGACGGUGUUGUCGAAUGUGCUAGUUGCCUUGAGUCUUUUGUGCAUCGGCUACAGAAAAUUUACCUUGCUGGGAGCAUUUCUAGCUUUGUGUGCCUAUGAGGAUUUCUAUCCAAUUGUGCUUUUCGUCCCUGCUGCAUACAUGGCCUGGGAAACCCAGAAGAAGCAGAACUUCCUGGGUUUUUGCUGUGCCUAUGUGAGCACAAUAUUAAUAGUACUAUUCGCCUCGUUCGCGUUGACCGGGGGAUCAUGGAGCUUCUUGAGUGCACGAUAUGGCUUUCUAUGGAAUGUUCCUGAUCUAACGCCGAAUAUUGGACUCUUCUGGUACUUCUUCACGGAAAUGUUCGAACAUUUUCGAAUGUUCUUCAUCUGCUCAUUCCAGAUCAACGCGUUCAUUUACGCUGCUCCACUAUUGAUCAAAUUUCGAAGGGAGCCGAUUUUGGUGGUGUAUUCCUUGAUUGUGCUGACGGCGAUUUUCAAGUCUUAUCCGUGCAUCGGAGAUGUUGGUUUCUACCUGUCGAUAUUGCCGAUGUGGUCUCAUUUAGCAGCGACGAUGCGGCAAAUGCUGAUUACAUUUUGCUUUUUUGUAGCAACAUUAGUCCUAGCGCCAGUUUUAUGGCACUUGUGGCUGUUCGACGGGUCAGCGAAUGCUAAUUUCUUCUUCGGAAUAACUUUAGGGUUUGCCGCAGCCCAGAUUUUGCUUCUGUCGGACAUUUUGUUCGCGUACAUGCGCAGAGAUUACGAAUUAAUUCACGGAAGGAAACGGCACGAUAAGCCGUAUGUUCUUGCGUUACAGUGAGGCUCGAACCAAAAACCUCAUAAAUGUAUUCCGGAAAUCGCGCAUUUGUCUUCCGAGUCGUGAAAUAUCCUCCCGUUUCGCGUAUAAUCCUGUGAAAUGCUGUAAAUUGUCUAAGCGUUUUCCUGUGAUUGCACUUCUUGAAAUCUCGGACUGAGUGAUUCGUUCAACUCCAGCAAGUUACUGAUGAAAACUUCGAGUUUUUGAAAAGGAAAGCAUCAAGGAAGCUCUGGUGGACUUAAUGAUCCUCGUUCCGUGACUAUUCGCAUUUCGCGUGGUGAAAUAAUUCUUGGACCUAAUAUGAUAAACAAUAUUAAAUGUUCCGUCAUGUAAGUGUACGGAACAUUAAUUUCGCUGUGUAUUGGAUCCAAAUCAUGUGUGAUAAAUGGCACGAUCUUUCUAUUUGUGAGGAUAUUUCUCUGCUCGGUGGACUGCGUUAGCGUUUUUCUUUUGAUAUUGUUGAUACCUUGUGAUGAACGUUUUUUUCAAAAUUAUGGUUGAAUUCAUAUGUGUUCCGUUUUGAUGAGAGCCGAGCUUUCAUGGACGUGAUGUCAUUUUAGAUGAUUCGAUCGGAGUAUUUAUUAAAUUUAAUGAAACGCGCUGCCAGCCAUGUGAAUCAAACUGUGAAUCAAGAUUGUUGUUGGCAAUGUUUCGGGGGAACACAGAAGUGUCCUGAAUGUUUUAAAGGUUUGAGUAUUCUAGAUUCGCGUUCAUUUUUGAUUCAGAUGGCUCGUUCAGUUCGGAAACUAGAAAAAUCGAAA